AUGGCCGUCGCCCGCACAAUGCGACGCACGAAUCCAAUCACUCUCCUCCUUGCGGCCAUAUUGGCGUUCGGGUUCGUCAUCUUCGUGCUCUCCCCUUCGACGUCCUCUGCCUCCCCCGUUAGCGCGGGCUCCGCCUCCUCCUCCUCCUCCCAGCAACGCCGCGAAGACGAUGCUGCCGAAAACCCCCUCUCACCUCCGACGAAACCCUUCUUCAAAUCCCAGCCCGUCCGCCAAGAUGGCCAUCAGGCCCCUCCCCCGGUCGUGCGGUACGACCUGAACAAGCUCAGCAGCACCAGCAACUCCGCCGCUAACGACGAACGAAUCUUGAUCCUAACGCCGAUGGCCCGCUUCGUCCCGGAGUACUGGGACAACGUGGUGCAACUGACCUACCCGCACGAGCUCAUCUCCAUCGGAUUCAUCAUCCCCAAGAACAAAGAGGGCAAUGCGGCCCUAGCCGCACUAGAAGACGCCAUUGCCAAGACGCAGUCCGGCCCCAUCGACAAGCGGUUCGCGAGCAUCUCCAUUCUCCGCCAGGACUUCGAGCCGCCCCUGCAGUCGCAGGACGAGAAGGAGCGGCACAAGGUGGAGAACCAGAAGGCGCGCCGCGAGUCGAUGAGCCGCGCCCGCAACAGUCUGCUGUUUACCACGCUCGGCCCCGCCACGGCUUGGGUUCUCUGGCUCGAUGCGGAUAUCGUCGAGACGCCCCCGACCUUGAUUGAGGACCUCACGGCGCACGAUUACCCCGUCCUCGUCCCGAACUGCUACCAGCGGUACUACAACUCCGAGAAGAAGAAGAUGGAUGUCCGGCCGUACGACUACAACUCGUGGAUCGAUAGUAGUACGGCGCAGAGUAUGGCGGCGGAGAUGGGGCCCGAUGAGAUCCUCCUCGAGGGCUACGCCGAGAUGCCGACCUACCGCACGCUGAUGGCUUAUCUGGCUGAUACAACUAAUCCGAACCCUGAGAAGGCCAUCGAGCUGGACGGUGUCGGCGGCACGGCGCUCAUGGUCAAGGCAGAGGUGCAUCGUGACGGCGCGAUGUUCCCUGCCUUUCCCUUUUAUCACCUGGUCGAAACGGAGGGCUUCGCGAAGAUGGCAAAGCGGCUGGGGUACUCCGUGUAUGGGCUGCCGGAUUAUUUUGUAUACCACCAAAACGAGUGA